AUGGCCGGACAGCGUGCGGCCCGCCAGAGGCUGGCUUGUGCAUUGAUUUUCUUGUUGGCGAUGAGGGAGGUCUCCGCCGCGCGGGACACAUUCCACGCAGCGCAUGCAGUCAACAUCGUUGGAAAUGCCAGGGAGGCGUCCUCUGCUCGGCAUCAGCAGCACGAGGAGGUUGCGGAUGCUGGCAGUUUUUCCAUAUCGACCAUGUGGGCCUCAGGGAAACAGAGUUCCUUGCAAUGGCUUUCAGCCCAUGUCACCUUCCGAUACAAGGAGCACGAGUCGCCUGCGUAUGUUGAGAUCGAGGGCCUGGACACAACGUACCGCAUCUUGCCGGAUGCAGUGGUGGCGACCGAGAAGAUCGACGGCAUGCAGACCAUGUGGAUCGCGGGGUGGCAGGCAUAUCGUGCAAACAAGGGCCAUUUCGGAUCGAGCCACUACUCCAAGAACGAGGCCUUGUAUUUCCGCAUGGAGACGAACCCGAAGGUGGGAGAGACGAAGGAAGGCUGGUUCCGUUCUGCAGGGCACCCGGUCUAUGAGCACAACGAGGACGGCAAGAUCAUCCGCUACUUCCUCAACAGCAAGGGCACGCAGAAGAUCGCGGAUGAGGAUGAGGUAGAAAAAUAUGCAGCGAAGUCCUAUGACCCCAAGAUGGAGCUGCAGGUGCCCGGCCAACCCCCGAAGCCCUUGAACGAGCCCGAUCGUGAGGUCAUGAUCUUGGUAGACACCAUGCUCGGCCAAGUCUCGUGUAUGGGCAAGCCAAACACCUGUGCUUUCCGCUGCUUCUACGACUCGGAGAACGAUGUCUGCGGCCCCUCGCACUUCUGUGAAAAGGUGGGCUCCAGCCCUGCCGACAACCUGGCACCUUUCGGGGCUGAACAGAAGUGCAGGGCGGUGGGUGCAGCAGAUCACGACGCAGCAGAUCUGGCGAUUGCCAACAAGCUGGAGGACAUCAAGAGAGACGUGUUGGACCUUGCAGAGAAGUUGGAGCAAAGCCCAGGGAUUUCGGAGAAGCGAUCGAGCCGGUCUUCCUUGAAGGCCUCCGCGCUGAUGUUUCAGGAAGCCAGCCAAAUUCUCGAUCUCAUGGAGGUCACCCCGGCGCGCCUCGGCCCCGACAGCGGCAACUUUGCAAGGGCCGCGGCGCGCACGGCGUACACGGACAUGAAGCACUGGCGCGGCCGCCAGGACCGGUUGACCAUCCCGCAGUACAAGAGGGCGGCCCGGGCCAGUGUCGCGGAGGUGCGCGACUCCCAGGACCUGUCUGUGCCGGCGAAGCUGCACAGUACCCUGGUGGACUAUGUCAAGAAGCGCCCCAAUAUGAUUAUCAAGUUCCUCAAGCAAGAGACCGACGAGAAGUGUAGCCUCAGUGACGAGACGGACGAGCAACGAGCACAGCUGGAGACCUUUGUGGACUACUUUUUGACGGUGCCUGGCCACGACGUCAAUGACUUGAAGGAUGUGACUCACGGGAUCCCAAAAGCCUGCCGCGAUUUUCUCGUCCGUGAGGAAGAGACGGAUGUCCAGACCUUGAUUAAGACAGCCGAAGAAGGUCACCAGUUGUUGUCCAACUCGACGAGCGCGGAUGACACCGCGGACGGCUUGAUUCAGGUGAAGUCGGAGCGCUUGGCUCGUGCCAUCGGCUCGGAUCGGAUCAGCCUCCUGGACACAUCAGAUCUCGCAGACGAGUCCGAGAAGUCCGAGAGAGUGCAGGAUGGGGGCUUCAUCUUCUUUUGCGUCUUCAUCUGUAUCCUUUUGGUACUCUUCACCGUUUGCUUCUGGAAAGUGAGCAUGCACUACUUCAACUCCCGCAACCACAAAUGCGGGUGGGACAAUAAGCUGACCUGCGUCGGUGCCUUCAUCUUCUUCGCCUUAGGGGGUCUUUGCAUCUGGGGCGCCUUUGCUUUCCUGUUACCCGUUGGCAUCGCGACGCUGGUAUUGGCUCUCAUUGGGACGAUCAUGGUCAGCCUGGCGGAGAUCAGUGAGCACAAGUCCGUGAAUACGAUGCCGGACUGGAAGGCCAUUUCUCACCUCGCCAUGUGA